AUGGCCGCCAAUCCGCAGCCGGCGCUGCAGCUGGCCGACUACCUGGAGAAGCUGCCGGGGACCACGUUUCGGAAGCUCUACCAGCAGCCUUCGACAGCCUUUGCCAUUUUCCGGCGCAUGCUGCCGCAACUCGCCAAAACAUUCGUGAUGCGCAUGUUAUACAUGCCCAGCCCGAUGAGCCUGGCUGACCUGGACACAUGGGUAAAGCCCGAAGCGAAAAGACAAAAAGACCAGAUGCUCUCGACGCUCCGAUCCCUUCACAUUGUGCAGAUAUCCGCCCCUUCCAAGGACAAGACGCAGCACGUCCAGCUCACGGCCAACUUUCGCGCCUCGAUGCGCCUCGCCCUCACCGGCGGCGGCAACCACAACUCCUUUGGCGUGCCCUCGACCCUCGCCGUCCCGCCCGAGAUUGACAUGCCCUUUCUCGACCGCUACGCGCGCCGCCGCUGGGACGACAUCCUGCACUUUGUCGUCUCCUCUGUCGGCUACAAGUCGGGCGGCGGCGGAGCAGGCGGCGGCGCAGACGGCGCGGGCCCCAACAAGACGGUCAAGGACAUACUCGUCGCGGGCCGCCUCGUCGACCGCCGCCCCAACGGCAGCGUCGGCAUCACACAGGCCGGCUUCACCUUUCUCCUGCAAGAGGCCAACGCGCAGGUCUGGACGCUGCUGCUGCUGUGGCUCGACGCCAUGGAGGCCGACAAGAGCGCCGCCGUCGACGUGCUCUCGUUUCUCUUCGUCCUGGCCAGCCUGGACCUCGGCCGCGCGUAUGACACAAACGCCCUCACCGAGCAGCGCCGCGACAUGCUCCCCGCGCUCGCCGACUUUGGCCUCGUCUACAUCCCCCCGCAGAAGCGCUCCAUGUUCUUCCCCACGCGCCUCGCCACGACGCUCACCAGCGGCGCCGGCAGCAGCAGCCUUCGCAGCAUCAGCGACGGUGUCGCGGCCGCCACCUCGGCCGCCCUCUCCUCCUCCUCCUCCGCCAACCCGAACCCGUCAAGCAGUAACAGCAGCGGCCCGCUCGGCAGCUCCGGCGAUCAGACCGGCUCCGUCGUCAUCGAGACCAACUACCGCCUCUACGCGUACACGCAGUCGACGCUGCAAAUCGCCGUCCUCGCCCUCUUCUCCAAGCUCGGCAUGCGCUUCCCCGACAUGGUCGCCGGCCGCAUCACCCGCACCUCCAUCCGCCAGGCCAUCCAGUUCGGCAUCACCGCCGACCAGAUCAUCGCCUACCUCGCCGCCCACGCCCACGAGCAGAUGCACCGCACCGCCGCCCUCACCAGCAAACCCGUCCUGCCCCCGACCGUCGUCGACCAGAUCCGCCUCUGGCAGCUCGAGAACGAGCGCAUGAAGACGACGGGCGGCUUCCUGUUCCGCGACUUUGACGACACCAAGGAGUACCAGGACACGAGGCGCUUCGCCGACGAGAUUGGCGUCCUGGUCUGGAGCAACGACAAGACGGGCAUGUUCUUCGCCAGCAAGUUUGAGCAGAUACGCGACUACCUCAAGAGUAGGAAAAAGGCUGAAUGA